UUUACUCAUGAAUAUUGAAAGAGCCGCGCUUCGUUCUGCACUCCGUCGUCUCGGAUAGACCGUCCGUAUCUCUCUGAUACAAAUUAGCCAGUUGUUCGUUUUUUGCAACUUUGUAGCUGGAAAAUCAGUCUGUGGUGGAGUACAAGACCAGUUACCGAGUCGCAUUUGGGAUCCUGUUACAACUUUGGGUGGAUGUUAAUGUCGGUCGGCAGGUCCUGGAAACGCCCUUCUGCAUUAAAACCGGCUCUUUUUACAAGAGCUGAUAAGAGAAGCUGACAAGAUCGCGGAGCAGAGAGCAGUGGUCGAAGGCAACAAAUCCUAUUUUACACUGUACAGCAAAAUCGAGAAGAUCCAUAUUUUUUGAAGACUCGCAGACUCCAGCACCCGGUUUCUUCAGGAACAAUCACGUUUAGAAAACGACUGCAAGAUCGUCACCUUUGUCGCGUUUCCCGUACGCAAUAUUAAGAGAAUAGGUGAUUUGCUGUAGCUGUCUGUGAUCCUGCACCUUGUCCUCAAAUUCUCAGCAGUCGAUCUCCUGACACAUCGGUUUCCAAGAGCAUAUUGCAGUGCCUUCCGUGCUUCAGGCAAGAUGAUGCAGAUCUCCGAUUCGCACAAUCAGAAGAAUUCCCUCUUUAAUGCCAUGAACCGGUUUAUUAGCGCUGUGAAUAACAUGGACCAGACUGUUAUGGUUCCGAGCCUUUUGAGGGACGUGCCGUUGGAAAACGAAAAGAGCAUCAGCCCCAUCAGGUCGGCUGGCAGCGGAUCGGCAGCGUAUUUAUGCAGCAGUGACAUGUACAGUAACUACGUUCUGCUGAAAUCCAUCAGAAAUGACAUCGAAUGGGGAGUCCUACAGAUGGACGAGAGAAGAAAGGAAAAAGUAGGCAUAGCCGGCCUUGACUUAUCGAGAAUCGAAACGGACGGUGAAGAUGAAGACCUGGAGAAACUCUUUCACUUCCAUCUGAACGGCCUGCAUACAGUUUUAUCUAAACUGACCCGAAAGGCUAACACUCUUACCAACAGGUACAAGCAAGAGAUCGGUAUCGGAGCCUGGGGACACUGAAGCACUAUAUUUCCUGUUCGUUCUGGUGGAAUUUCCCUGAAGCAAUCGAAAUUAGGCUGUGCGAUCUAUGAAGUUUCUUUGAAGAAGCUGAGAAAAUCGAGGCGGAUUAUCAUGCUGCGCCGAUUGCUAAAGUUUAUUGAAUUAAUACAUUACAGGAAAGAGACGGUGCACUUGGUGCCACUGGACUCUUGUGCCGAAAUUAAAUCACGUCCCUUUAAUAUAUUUGUACUAGGCAUCUUUUGCUGCUUUGGGUCCAUCCGUCAGCGCAUUCACGGAUGCAUGUGCUGAACUGAGUAAUAUAGUAAAUUAAUUUAAAAAUGUAACAGGUUCGAGUUUGCUGUAGAAUCGCACAUAAUUUCUUAAAAUAGUUGGAAGGGUUUCUUUUCCUGAUGUUACAUUAGGGGGAGCUAUUUCAAGGGCCUGUAUGAUGUCUGUUAAUGUGUAUUAACUUAACUGACUUGAAUAUGCUGAAAUUAAGUGCAUUAAUACUAUAACAUGCGUGACGUCUAUAAAUUGUUAAAAAAAAGUCUGUGAUCUGGAAUCCAUCAGUCUUAUUGAUUUCAUAGUAUCAUGACAGAUUCCAUGAGAUUUUUUUAAUUAUUAAAAUGUUAACAAUAAUAAUAUGUACACAUGUAUUUUUAAAGUAGCGUUAUAAAUCUGUUACCCAUAAACACUCUGUUUCAAUUUGA